AUGGCAACUUCGGCUGGAAAAGAAAGUGAGUUGGACGGGGCCGAGAGCUCCUGCACGACGCCGUUGGCGACGCCAACGGCGACACCGAUUGCAACUCCGAUGUCGACGAGGUCGGUGAAGUGGGAGAAGGACGUCGAGGAUGCGGCUGGCUCGCUGCAGCGACCACUGCUUUACCAGCGCGGCACCAACACGACGUCGCAGAUGGCCAUCGUUGGCGCCAACACCUGCCCCAUUGAGAGCCUCGAUUACGAAAUUGUGGAGAAUGAAGUGUACAACCAAGACUGGAGAUCAAGAGGGAAACUUCAGAUCUUCCAAUACCAGGUCCUUAAAUGGGUGCUGGCACUUUUUGUAGGUGUAGUCGUUGGCCUAGUUGGAUUCUUCAGCAACAUUGCUGUCGAAAACAUCGCUGGGUUCAAGUUGCUUCUGACGGGCGAUCUCAUGCUCGAGAACCGGUACCUGGCAGCUUUUGUGCUAUACAUCGGUUGCAACGCAAUGCUGGCUGCUGCGGCUGCAGCGUUGUGCGCUUACAUUGCCCCGGCUGCAGCCGGGUCUGGCAUCCCUGAGGUGAAGGCGUAUCUGAACGGCGUCGAUGCGCACUCGAUUUUGGCGCCUAGUACCCUCUCAGUGAAGAUUUUAGGCUCAAUACUAGGGGUAUCUGCUGGAUUUGUGCUUGGCAAGGAAGGCCCUAUGGUGCACACCGGUGCUUGUGUUGCCUCCUUGCUCGGGCAAGGUGGGUCACGGAAGUAUGGCCUCACCUGGAACUGGAUCAGGUACUUCAAGAAUGAUCUGGACCGAAGGGAUCUCAUCACCUGCGGAGCUGCAGCUGGUGUGGCGGCGGCCUUCCGUGCCCCGGUUGGAGGCGUGCUCUUUGCGCUUGAAGAAGUUACAUCAUGGUGGCGGAGCGCGCUUCUUUGGAGGACCUUCUCUACGACAGCAGUGGUGACAAUGGUGUUGCACGCGCUAAUCACCUACUGCCGUGGUGGCCACUGUGGCCUGUUUGGCAAAGGAGGGCUGAUCAUGUUCGAUCUCGGCUCACGGCAAGUGACCUACACCGUAACGGACCAUGCCGCGGUCGUGUUGCUCGGCGUCCUCGGCGGUCUGCUUGGUGCUCUUUUCAACUUCCUCGUCGACCGCGUCCUUCGCGUAUAUAGCCUCGUCAACGAGACGAAGUGCCCGACCAUCGGCCGCUCUGGCAAUUUCAAGAACUUCCAGUGCCCGCCGGGCCACUACAACGCUCUGGCAUCCCUCUUCUUCAACACCAACGACGACGCCAUCCGCAACCUCUUCAGCGCCUGGUACGACUACAGGGAGUUCGGCGUGUCGACGCUCCUCAUCUUCUUCACCACGGUGUACACCCUGGGCCUGCUCACCUACGGCGUGGCCGUGCCGUCGGGCCUCUUCAUCCCCGUCAUCCUGUCGGGCGCCUCGUUCGGCCGCCUGGUCGGCACGCUGCUGGGCUCGGUCAGCGGCCUCGACCCGGGCCUCUUCGCGCUGCUCGGCGCCGCGUCCUUCCUCAGCGGGACGAUGCGGAUGACGGUGUCGGUGUGCGUCAUCCUGCUGGAGCUCACCAACGACCUGCUCCUGCUGCCGCUCAUCAUGCUCGUGCAGCUCAUCGCCAAGACGGUGGCGGACUGCUUCAACAAGGGGGUGUACGAGCAGAUCGUGCGCAUGAAGGGGCUCCCUUACCUGGAGGUGCACGCGGAGCCGUGCACGCGGAGCCUGGUGGCCGGCGACGUGGUGUCCGGCCCGCUCGUCACCUUCUCCAGCGUCGAGCGCGUGGGUGCCGUCGUCGAGACGCUGAGGAGCACGGGCCACAACGGGUUCCCCGUGAUCGAGGACCCGCCGUUCGCGCCGGCGCCGGAGGUGUGCGGCCUCGUCCUGCGCUCCCACCUGCUGGUGCUGCUGCAGGGGCGGAUCUUCACGAGGGCGCGCGUCAAGACCGGCGCCGCCGAGGUGUUUCGCACGCUCGCGCCGUUCGACUUCGCCAAGGCCGGCUCCGGCAAGGGCCUCAAGGUGGAGGACUUGGAGCUGACCGAGGAGGAGAUGGACAUGUACGUGGACCUCCACCCCAUCACCAACCGGUCGCCGUACACCGUCGUGGAGAACAUGUCGCUGGCCAAGGCCGCCACGCUGUUCCGCGGCCUCGGCCUCCGCCACAUGUGCGUCGUGCCCAGGACGCAGGGGAGGCCGCCGGUGGUGGGGAUCCUGACGCGGCACGACUUCAUGCCGCAGGACAUCCGCGGGCUGUACCCGAACGUGCUCCCCCGCUAG